AGAUCAUAGCAAUCACAGAAGUUUCCUUCAUUGAUCGCUUGUAUUCUCAAAAACGCAUCUGUUGAACAACGUCGCAAAAUUGUGUAAUUCGAAGAUUUAUUUUUGAUUCCCUAUUUUAGCAGUUAUGAAUCCUGCAUCUGGAAACCAAUCCCAAUAUGGCAACUACAACCCUGCGCCCCCAAGUCAGGAAUCGACCGCUGUUUAUACCUCCCCACAGGAAUACUACCAGCAGCAAUUCAACCACCAACCGUACCAGCAUUCUAAUCCCAUAAAUAAUCCUGCCCACCAGCCAAACAUCCCUCGCAUGAUGGGAACCGGGGGACAUCAAACUUUCCAAUCUUCGCCAAUGCAACAAUCCAGUACAGGUGCUACCCCUGCUGGAGACAUUCAAUACUUCAUGGACGCCGCAUGCACCGUUCCAGCCGGUUCAUUGCCCCAUCAACCGCAAACUUUGAGCCAGUUUUCGCCCCAUCAGCAGCAGCGGAUUCUCAUGUCACAAGCGACAUCGCAGCCGUCUUCCCCGUUGGCCAAGGAAAGCCGUUGUGUCAAUCCCAACUGUGGACACUGCUGUAAGCCUCAGACGGCGCCGGCCGGAGCCAAUUCCCGGCGAUAAUAAAAUAGUGGAUUGUGGUUGAAAGACAUUUAUUUUCAAUAAAGCCAGACGACUUCUGUUCUGACGCGGUCUGUUGUUGUAGGCAUAACAAG